GUAGGCAAACUUCACGCAUUGCAGGUCUGCUGCAAAAGUAAACACUUGCUUGAGUGUAGAAGCAAGUUCGCACUAGCUUUUCUAGCUUCUGAGAACAGCGUACAUUGGCACCAGCUGGAACGCCAAGCGUGCAGGGCAAUUUCAAUGGUUGAAACCGGGAUUAUGAAUUUAGUAACCACCUUGGUUCUGGUCUGCUCCAUGGUGAUGCUCGCUGAUUCGACAACCUCCAAAACAGACUGCAACUUUACUGACCUGGAUUUGGACGGUGCUCUGACAAGUGUAAUCACUCAGCUAUCGAAGCAUGAACAGCAGAGUAGUUACAGGAUCAGCCCAUACGUAUAUCUUUUAGAUAUUCAGUGCUGCAACACGAGUGGCCUCCCGUUGCUGCGCCAGUACGGACCACUGCUUCAUUACUGCGUCAAUGGCACGCGCAAAUUUCAAGUCGACCUAGUCCACAAUGGUUACAUUGAGGUGAUAAUGAGUUGGAGUUUGUACAACGGAAACACAGGGACACUGGUACUCGGCGCAGAAUUAUCGCGCUUUACCCUGCAAUUUGCAGUUUUGGAACAACCACCCGGGAAAACCAUCGCUCUUAGGUUGGAAUAUCCCAUCGUUCCGGUGGCGACGAAAAUGACUUACGCUGCUGUUGAAGGGGUUGGCGAAACCGUACGAGCUGCAACUGCACUCUGGAGCAAUCUUUGGCCCUCGGUGACGCAACGUUUGUGGAAUGAGUAUUUCUUUGAAUAUUUGCGCAGGGCCAUCUGUGAUGCUCAGCGCGAUUUGUUUGUUCCACCUGUACAAACCAUUUCACAAGAGACCACCACCUCAAGUGCGUUCACUGUACUUACCGAAUUUGAUGCGUGUCCUUAUUAAAUGGUGCGCUAGAAACUCCAGGUAACAUGCGGGGUGCUCCACAUUGCUGAUCACAUCUGCAGACUCUCUGCGACAGUCGAAUAGGCAACGUGAACAAUCUGUGAAUUUUGGGCUCUGUAAUGGCUUCGAAGCGUGAGUUAUGCCUGUGGUUGCUAUUGUUGAUUGCCGUGACUCGCUGUGCAUAAGCGGACAACAGUGCGAAAAUGUGAAAAUGUAAGCAGCUGCCUACAUUUAUUUCAGUUAAGAGGCCAUGCAAUGUUUUAUGCAGGCAUGCAUCAAACUAUCGCGGCGCCGUCAACACGAAAUACUGAAAAAUCAAGCUAUUUCUGUGCCAAAUCAAAAAUAUGUGUCAAGGCUCAAAAUUAGAAUCGCCUCUCUCCACAUGCAUUUUCCAAAUCAAUAGACUGCUGAGUAGGACUGAUGCACCUAAAUAUUCUGAACUUUGUUUAUCACUGCUUAGAUACAAAGCGAAUAAAAUGUUUGUUUCCUUG